AUGAUUGAAACGGAUCCCUCGAAAUAUUAUAUUCACUCGGGCAUACUAUCACAACAAUGCGAAACAGAAAAUAGAGGCCAGUAUCUUAUCGGUCCAAGAUAA